AUGCAUCUGGUGUUGACUGCCUUCCUCCUCUCUCUCCUGAGUGCCUGGUGCAGAAGGGUUGCCGGGGAAGACGUUAAAGGCCCUGUCCAGGAGAGCGGGCCCAGGAGAGGCGUGCUGUCAGUGCAGUGCCGCUAUGAGCGUGGCUGGGAGCACUAUGUGAAGUACUGGUGCCGGGGAGCUGUCUGGAAGUCCUGCUCCUGUGUGGUCAAGACCGAGGGCGACGAGAGGGAGAAGAGGAAUGACCGGGUGUCCAUCCGAGAUGACCACAGACACCGCACCUUCACCAUCACCGUGGAGGACCUGCGGGAAGGCGAUGCUGGCAGUUACUGGUGCGCCGUGGAGAAGCGCUUCACCGACCUGGGGUUCCUGGUGCAGGUCACGGUGGGCCCGGAAAUAACAACGGUGCCCAUUGUGACCACCACGGUGACGGCGGAGCCAAACGUGUCGACACAGGGCGAGCCGAGUUGGGCAGGAGAGCGGUCGCGGAUGUCUGUGAUGGUCAUGACACCUGGUUUCUGGCCCUUCCUCUUCCUGCAGCCGCUGCUCCGGGGAGCCCUGUCCUUUGGCGCCUGGCUGAUGCGGCCGGAAGAGUGCGACCUGCUCUUCAGUGCCCACCGAGGCUUCCUGUCCAGGGAGCUCCUUGAAGACUCCGUCUACCUUCACUGUCUCUCCUCUGCUUCCGCUGUCAUCGGCUCUUUAACCGUGUCCAUCUGGCUGCCCUGA